AAAGCAGACGAAUUCGUGCCGUCACUCGUCGUGCAGUUGUGCUACAGCUGCUGCCGUGGUCGUGCCUUGGAGUGCUUCCGUGGCUUCAGCGCUGGCACUCUUCUAUCCGUUCAUUUAACGAUGGCAUCCUCCGUUCUCCAACGAUGCCGGCUCCACCGGCUGACGAAAACCCACAAGCGGCUGCAACUGGCGUGUGCGUCGAGGGUGCGCUCGCUGACAUUUUCCCAGCAUGUAGACGAAUUCACUGUGGCCAAUGAGCCCAUGCUGUCCUAUCUGCCAGGAAGCAAGGAGCGACAGGCACUGCAAGACGCUCUCAACGAGCUCAAGGACACAUGCACUGAAGUGCCCAUUGUCGUUGGUGGCAAGGAGAUCAGGACCUCGGAAGCACGUUACCACACUGCGCCUUUUGAUCAUUCGAAAAAGGUGGCCAAGUACUACUGGGCAUCUAAGGAGACAAUCCAAGAUGCAAUUAAUGUCAGCCUCAAGGUCCGGGAGGAGUGGGAGGCCAAGCCGCUCAAUGACAAAGUCAAGCUGUUCCUCCGCGCGGCUGACCUUGUUAGCAGCAAGUACCGCUACAAGCUCAACGCUGCUACCAUGCUCGGACAGGGCAAGACUGUCUUCCAGGCAGAGAUCGACUCAGCAGCUGAACUUGCCGAUUUCCUGAGGUUCAAUGCCUACUUUGCCAAAGAGCUCACAAAGUACCAGCCCAUCUCCACUGAUCCCAAAGUCACAGUGAACCACUACCGGCAGCGUGGGCUUGAGGGUUUUACCACAGCUAUUUCUCCUUUCAACUUCUCAGCCAUUGGAGGAAACCUGGCAUCAGCACCAACGUUAAUGGGCAACGUGGUGCUAUGGAAGCCUUCAGACGCGGCCAUCCUCUCAAACUACUUCAUCUUCAAGAUCUUUGAGGAGGCUGGCUUUCCACCUGGAAUCAUCAACUUCCUGCCCUCUGAGGGGCGUGCCUUCGGAGAUGUCACGUCAGCAUCGCCGCACCUUGCCUGUGUGAACUUCACAGGCAGUGUCGCGACAUUCCGAACGAUAUGGAAACAGGUGUCCCAGAACUUGGACAUCUACACAAACUUUCCAAGGCUAGUAGGAGAGUGUGGUGGCAAGAACUUCCACUUCGUGCACCCUUCGGCCGACCUCCCCACCGUGGUGGCGCAGACGACACGGUCUGGCUUCGAGUACAGCGGCCAGAAGUGCUCUGCUGUGGAGAGGUUAUACGUCCCCAGCAGCCUGUGGCCCAAGCUCAAGGAGCAAUUGGUGGAGGCCCAGAAGAGCCUGAAAUUGGGCUCUCCGCUGGAAUUUGACACCUUCACGUCGGCAGUCAUCGACAGGGCAGCCUUUUCCAAGAUCAGUGGCUACCUACAACAUGCCAAGAACAGCCCCAACCUCAAGGUGCUCGCUGGUGGUGGUGCCGAUGAUAGCCAGGGCUUCUUUGUGCAACCGACUAUCCUGGAGACCUCCGACCCCGAGGACAGGAUCAUGAAGGAGGAGAUCUUUGGGCCAGUCUACACAGCCUACGUCUACCCAGACAACGAGGUCGACAGGUGUCUCACCAUGGCGCGGGACACUGCCCCCUUUGGCCUCACAGCAUCUGUCUUUGCCAGGGACGAAAAUUUCCUGAAGUCAGCUUGCGAGUACCUGAAGAUGACCGGGGGCAACUUUUAUGUCAAUGACAAGUCAACUGGGGCUGUUGUUGGGCAGCAGCCAUUUGGUGGAGCACGUAUCUCAGGCACCAACGACAAGGCCGGUGGUCCUCACUACUUGCUCAGGUUCAGCUCGGCGCAGACCAUUAAAGAGACCAAGGUUCCACUGACUGACAUCAAGUAUCCGUACAUGACCAGCUCGUAACGUUUAUCCCUUUGAUUCAGUGCAUCAUCACGCCUAGACAAAGGUCAUCUACGGGCACCUUCAUCCGGGUGCUUGUUAUUUUUAUGGAACGCUUUUAUACAUUCAAACACCAGACCAGGUGCUUCAAACUGUUUGUUGUAGCUUGUGUGCCAAGUGUUAUACCAUGGUCCGUUCAACUGUCUUGGUUUUGGACAUAUAUUUGUUGUGUUGCGAGUCAUACAAUACAAAUUGUAUGACCUUUUUACGCACAAUUUCAGCUAAAAAAAGGCCUUACAAGUACCUUCCAGAUAUCGAAUGACAGCAGAGAUGCAGAGGAAAACAACAGUGCUAGUGGUGCUAGUACAUCUUGUGACACUGUGUUUAACCACGAUGCCCUGUCGCGCAUUCCGUCUCGUGGAGAAAAUAAAACUACUUUCAUGAAAAUGAUGUCAGCUGCAAAACCUCAAGGCCAGCUGAUGAGCUGGUUGUUUGAAGUAAUAAUUCCUUGUGCUUUUGUUGAAGUGCUCUUGCAUAAUUCUCGUCUAUAUCUCUGGUGUUGGGGUAACAACGUGUUAAUAGUUGCAUGGCAAUGUUGGGCUAAAACUCUGAAAAAGACUGUGAUUGUGCCAUAAGCCAAGCAUGUUGUUUCACCAUGGCUCAUUGUUUCAUCUAUAUCGGCUGUUCUUGCAUUAGCCGACUUCUCCAGCUCGUGUGAAUCUCUUUGCAUGCAGCAAAAACUUCAUUCCUGAAGAAACUCUUUAGAAAACUCCAGUUACUGUGUCUGAUAGCUAAGAAAACCAAGAGGUAAUGAGGCAAUUGGUUUGUUGGUUUCUAUUCAUUAUUCUACAAAGUAGAUGCCAUGGCUCUUAGCAUCACUGCCAGGACUUCGAGAAGAAAGCCACUGAAGGGAGCAAGGGUCGAUGCUGGUACUUUCGAUAUUGGAGCUUUCAUUUUACACCUUGAAGUUAUUGAAAGGUACAAGGGAGGAUUCAUAACAGAGUUGUGUCGGUUGAUUGAAAUUACUAAUGAAAUCUGGUGAGAUUGAUAAUGAUAUCAGGAUGGUGCUGAAAUUCCUAUUUCAACUUUGUUUUCUUUUCUUAUUGUUUAUACAUUGCUGAACCAUGAACCAAAGACCUGUUUUCCUAGCUGCUGUUAUGUGGAGUACAUCUUGGAUCAGCUUGGAUGUAUUGCUGGACAUUGAAAAAAAUGUACGAAGCAGUUGCAAGCUGUUCUUGUCUGAGAGUGACAGAGAUGAUUUCAAUAUAUGUGUGCCUUUGGUGCGGUCGAUAAGUUUCAGUGGUGUUCUGGGCGCUGGCGUUUUCAGGUCAACAGAAGUGCUACUAUAAGAAUUUUUUAUUGAAGGCUGCUUCUUGUGGCAAUAAAUGAACUACUACAUAUAGAAGCUAUGUUAUGUCUGUGUGACUUUCUGAAAUAUUACGUAGAAUUGCAUAGCAAAUCACUUGUGAACUCCUUUUUUCUAGAUUUCAUGUUUUAGCAUACUGUUCUCACAAAUAUUUAAGGUAGGCAGCAAACAGGCGAUGCGAGUUUAAUUGUGGUUGGUAUUUCACGGUAACAGUUGCAGCACACCUAGGUACACUUCUUGGUGUUGUCCGAUGCAUAUUGCGAGUGAGCUGUUCUCUGAUGUAUUUGUUCUCAACAAACUAUGUUUGACCACAAUUUUACUUUGCCUACACACAUUCGCACUCAAAACACCAAUCGGUAUGCUUACGGUAUUGUUGCAAAACAAUUACAUUGACAGCAUUUUUUGGCAAGACAGAAUGCUGGUUAUAGAUAACGAUCAUUGCUAUUAUUAUUGUCUGCCCUGCUGGUUGUUUAACAUUACCAGUUAUGGUACUCUGCUUCUCGUAAUUAAUUUUUGUUAGUCGUAAAUGUACAAACCUAUAUAUAGUAUGCUAAAACUCGCGCUGAAACCUAAAUGUUUGGUGGUUCAAUGUUUCUAUUAGUGUACAUGAUAUGCUUUCUUAUGUAAUAAAAAUACAGGCUCGGAGCA